AUGUAUCAAGAAACUGCUAUAAUGGAUAGUGAUGCAGAUGAGAGUGACAAUCAUGAUUUUGUAGGUAAUGAUGAAAUUAUCGAUUCAGGUCCUUUUCCUGACGAAUGUCUGAAUGAAAUUAUUGGUAUUGAAUCUUUUUAUAAAUGUUUCGAACGACGUUAUGAUGCUUGUCCAGCAUUCUUCGCAGGUUCUCUUCAAGAUGCAUGUCAAGAAGCUUUCAAAUCAACAGUAAUUCAAGAAGUUCGUUCACAUAUAUUCUUAUGA